AUGGAUUCCGAGCAACAAAAACCUUCAAUCGGUAGGCCCAAUGCAGGAUUGGUGAGACCGGUGUUAUGGCUCCUACCGUUUCUCAUCCUCCUCCUGCUUCUAACCGCCGUUCUCGAACAGAAACCUCGGACACAAGAGCCCCUGAUAGUCAUUAGCCUGGACGGCUUCCGUCAUGAUUACAUAGAAAUCGUGAAGCGACGCUUUGGACACAUUAGUCUUCCGAACUUUGACCGGUUAAUGCGCGAGGGAGUGCGUGCCAUGCGUUGUAUCAACGUGUUCCCCACGAGUACCCUACCCAACCACCAGACCCUUGUAACCGGUCUUUAUCCCCAACACCACGGAGUCACUGCAAACACAAUGUUUGAUGAGCGUCUGCCUGGACGCGUGCUUUCCAUGCUCAAUGAGACCAGUCUCAGCGAGGACCCCUGGUUGGACGGGUGGCCGGAGCCCAUUUGGCACACAGCACAGCGCCACGGAGUUCUUACCGGCACAAUGUUAUGGCCAAUCACGGAUAGGCCGGUGGACGGCGAUGUGCCGUUUCAGCGCAUGUCACAGUUCAAGUACAAUGCACCAGGCGAGCUACACUAUCCCAACAAGAGGAGAGUGGAUGAUGUGAUUGGUUGGCUGACUAGCAGUCGCUAUAACCUGGGCCUUGUGCUUGUCUAUUUUAGUGAUAUUGACAUAAUGGGGCAUUUCUUUGGACCACAUAGCGUGCAGACAGCCGAAGCAAUCAUUCAGCUGGAUGGAGUACUGGGGUACUUUCUAGACAAGCUUGAACAAUAUGACCUUCGCUGGCGUACCAAUCUGAUUGUCUUGUCUGACCACGGAAUGACCGAAAUUUCGAAAGAUCGAAUAAUUGUGCUAGAAGAUUUUGUCGACUCGAGCUGGUACACCUUUCCACAGUUAACACCAGUUGGUCUUAUUUAUCCUGUCCCGGGUACGACGGAAAGUGCUACAUCAUAG